AUGUCAGUCGUCAGAUGUCAUGAGAUGAAGUUGUUGGAGGUCGCGCCGGACAUGUUGAACAGCUUUGAGUCACGCCCAGCUAGGAAUCAUGGAGUUCCAAAUCCACUAGCAUCAACCUUGAAGACAUCGGUGCUCUCUGAGACACCCAACGUGUUCCGUGACGCCAGCGGGUACCUCGUGUAUGAUGACAGGAAGGGCACGGCCUAUCCGUCAUACGCGGAGCGUCAUCUAGCAAAGGACUGGAUUAUUCCUUCAUCCAGCAACACGGAUGAUGGAUCCGUCAAAACGGAUUAUGUUCGAAGCAGCGAGAAAAGUCCCGAUGACUUAAAACUUAGGCAAAGUCCUAACGAAAGUGACAGCAAUGUGAACCAUUUCCAAAGCUGGGAGGGUUUUUCCUCCAGCGAAGACUUUGAAAACAGGCCACUAAUGCUGACAGUGAACGCCCCGGGGGUGUUUGAAAGAGCCGUGACUCUGGUUCUGUCGCACGUCUCGGAGUUUCUCUCCCCCGGGUUCGUCAUCCAGAGGGUGCAGGGCAACGUGUCGUGGCUGGAGGAGGUGCAGGAGCCAGGAGUGGAUUGUUAUUAUUCUGGGAUCGUCUUGGAGCACCCAGAUGAGUCCAACGUGGCGAUAAGCAUCUGUGAUGGCGUGAGAGGCGUGAUCCAGCUGCAAGGAGACAAGUUCAUCAUAGAGCCGGUCAAGAACGUCUCCGUACCGUCCACAUCCGGUGCCAACGCCAGCAAGGUGCCGUCCGUGUUCGCUCUGUACUCGCUGCAGCAGAAGACGCACACCAUCAGUAAACUGUCUGCACAAAACGCACAUAGUCCAUCCAAUUGUAGUAUUACUGAAAAUUUCAAACAUCACCGAUUAAAGCCCCUGCUAGAAAAACUAGCCAUAUUAAACAAUCGUGUAUAUAGUACCAAAUAUGAACAAUAUAAGAACAGAGGCAAAGGUCAAGGCGACCGCGUCUGGAAAAAUGGAGGAAAAAAUGCCAGAGGACGCAGAAAGAGGUCGGUGGGCAUCUCAGAGAAGCACACGGUGGAGACCCUGGUGGUGGCCGACUCCAAGAUGUAUCAGCACCACGGGGAGGACUUGAAGCACUACGUGCUCACCCUGAUGUCGGUGGUGAAAAACAUUUAUCAGCAUCCUUCAAUAGGCAACUACAUCAAUGUUGUUGUUGUUAGACUUAUUAUCUUUGAAUCAUCAUGGGAAACUCCCUUCAAAGUCUCCACCAACGCAGCUUCCAUGUUAAAGGAUUUCUGUCAGUGGCAGAAAACAAUUAACAGUGUAGAGAACCAUCAUGACACAGCCAUACUUAUCACGAGAGAGGAUAUAUGUAGAGCAGUGGGCAAGUGUGAUACACUAGGAUUAGCAGAGCUUGGAACCAUCUGUGAUAUUAAUAGAAGCUGUUCCUUAAUUGAAGACAAUGGGAUCAGUGCCGCCUUCACUAUAGCUCACGAGUUAGGUCAUGUAUUCAAUCUACCUCAUGAUGAUGACAAACAAUGCACAGAGCUAUUACCUGAAGAUCAGAAAUCAGCAUUCCAUGUUAUGGCCCCAACUCUUGACUACAAUGCAAGCCCAUGGGAUUGGUCAAUUUGCAGUUCAAGACUUAUUACAGAAUUUAUCGAAGCUGGAUAUGCUCAUUGCCUACUUGAUGGAAAUAAAGUCAAAACUUAUACACAUUCAUUGAAAGACUUCAAAGAGCCAGGCUGGACAUAUUCAGCUGACAAGCAGUGUGAACUUGUGUUUGGACCAAACUUUGUUAUAUGCCCACAGUCAAUGACAUUGCAUCAUCCAGUUUGCCGAAGACUUUGGUGCACACCAAGUAAUGGUACGGAUACAGGCUGUCGCACUAAACAUAUGCCAUGGGCUGAUGGCACACCGUGUGGUGAAGGCAAGAUAUGCAUGCAAGGUUCAUGUAAGCAGGUUCCUGAAUCUAAACCUAAAGCAAUAAAUGGUGGCUGGGGGAAUUGGAGUGCUUUUGGUGGCUGUUCUCGAACAUGUGGUGGAGGAGUAAAGACAAAGUAUCGUGAAUGCACAAAUCCUGUACCACAAAAUGGUGGCAAAUAUUGCUUAGGUUUUAGAGAGAAAUUCAAAUCUUGCAAUAUUAAGCCUUGUGAUGAGAACGCCCAAGAUUUCAGAGAAGCUCAGUGUGAAAGUGACGUGAUGAGAAAAAAAUUUGAAUACCAUGAUUCUGCUGCGAACUCCACUUGGAAGCCAAAGUUUUCUGGAGUGUAUACUAGGUUUGCUUGUAGGUUAUACUGCAAUGCACAAAAAAAUUCAACUCUUACCCAGCUCUCAAAAAAUGUAAUUGAUGGAACCAAAUGUGGAGAAUACACUGAUGACAUCUGUAUCAAUGGCCGCUGUUGGGCAGUGGGAUGUGAUAACAGAUUAGGAUCAUCUGUGAAACGAGAUUCAUGUGGAAUUUGUGGAGGGGAUGAUAUGACCUGCCGUACAGUGACAGGAACUUUUAAUAAUGCUAUAUAUGGUUACAAUUAUAUAGCUACCAUUCCAAGUGGUGCUACAGCUAUAAAGAUAAUUCAAUAUGGGCCUUAUGGGAAUUCUAGGCUCUUCAUAGAUGAUGACAAUUAUUUAGCACUUCAAGACUCACAAAAUCGCUACAUCCUCAAUGGGGAGUUUCUAGUAAGGACUGAUCUAUUUAAAGUAAAAGUGAAAGGGGCACAGCUUGAAUAUACAGGUUGUGGAAAGACUGUGGAAAACAUUACUACAAAUAUGAUAAUUGGAGAGGAUAUCAAACUUUUUGUACUUUCUGUUGGAAAGAUGAAUCCUCCGAAUAUCACCUAUUCUUACAGAAUUUCAGUAACUAAAAAAGUUGUAUGGAAAAACAAAGAUUGGAGCAAAUGCAGUGCAGUAUGCAAUGGGGAAAGGAGGAGCAUUGCCAGAUGUGUCCGUGAAGAGGAUGAUCACAUAGUAACGCCUAAUAUGUGUAAGGAUUUAGUGCGACCACCUCGUGUGACUGAGCAUUGUAACACAGACUGUACUGUUAGCUGGCGUGUACUAAGCAAAGAAGAAUGUCCAGUAAGAUGUGGCACAGGGAUGAGGUACCAAGCAGUUCAUUGCAUUAAACAAGUUGGCUUCAAAACAGCAGAAAUUGUAAACGACAAAGAAUGUGUUAGACUGCAUGGUGUCAAACCUGACGCAUAUGUUCCAUGUGAAGGCAAGUGUCUUGCCACCUACUGGACUUAUACAGACUGGUCACAGUGCUCAACAUCAUGUGGUGAGGGGUUACAGACCCGCCAAGCUAAAUGUGUUGAUGAAUCAGGAAGGGAACAUUCUGAUACAGAGUGUGAUGGCAAAGAGAAGACACUAUCUCGUGUGUGCAAGUCAGAAGAAUGUGCAGACUGGUCUACUGGCAACUGGCUUGGGUGUUCUGUCACUUGUGGAAAUGGCUAUAAACAAAGAAAAGUGUGGUGUGAUCAAGCUGGGCAGAAAGUUGAUGAGGCAAAAUGUAGCAAGAAGAAACCUUACAGCAAGAAGGACUGCAACUUGCAGGAAUGCCAUGAAUGGUUUCCUGGUGGAUGGGGACCGUGUUCUGUAACUUGUGAUAGAGGAAUAAGCAUGAGAGCUGUUAAGUGUCGUGUAGGUGAAAAACUGCAAGAUGACAGUUUUUGUGAUUCUAGCCUGAAACCUGAUGACACACGCCAAUGCUACAUGGGAGCUUGUCCCACACCAAAACCUAAACCCACAAUCACGUCACAAGCUGUGGGAGCAUACUGGAAAUUUGGCAGUUGGACAGAGUGUUCUGCUACUUGUGGGAGUGGUAAGAAGCAACGAGCUGUCAGCUGUCAAGAUAAUAAUGGAAACAAAGUGAAUGAAAAUCAAUGCUCCCAUCUAACUAAGCCAGAAAGUGUUGACAACUGCAUGCUCAAACCUUGUGGAGAAUGGCAUUAUGGAGUUUGGAGUGAUUGUUCUGUCACAUGUGGUGAUGGCAUUCAGACGAGAUUUCUCACAUGUACCUUCAACCAACAACAUCAAGAUGUCAAGUUCUGUGACAUUACAACAAAGCCAGAGACUGAAAUCAGAUGUAACAGAGGCACUUGUAUAGGUGUUGAUGAUCUCAGUAUUGCAGUUAUCACCAGCAACAAAGUUGUUGGCACGCAUCACUGGAGAGUUGGAUCAUGGAGUGCUUGUUCAACCACCUGUGGUUCUGGUUGGGAAAGACGUGUUGUUUUGUGCAGGGAUGAACGUGGACCCAGUGAAGAGUGUGAUAGAAAGGUGAAGCCAGAUGAGUUUAGAAGCUGUAACAAUGGUGAAUGUCCUAAAUGGACUGCUUACACAUGGUCUAAUUGUUCUGCUGUCAAGUGCAAUGAGGAAGGUCAGCAAAGCAGACUAGUCGUUUGCCAGCUGCAUAAUGGUGACAUAAUAGCCAACUCUUACUGCGACCAAAGAUCAAAGCUUUCAGAGACCCAAGACUGUAAAGGUCCCUGUGAUCAAUCUACUGAGGGCACUUGGAAAAAAGGACAAUGGUCUGCGUGUUCAGUUAGCUGUGGUGAAGGCUACCGUAGAAGGCACAUGAUAUGUGUGAACAGUGAGGACGAGGAAAUAUCAGAGAGUCACUGUGGCAACAAAACAAAUACAUUAAAGAAAUGUGUAGAAAACUGCCACACCUGGCACACAGGAAAUUGGAGCAAGUGCAGUGCCAAAUGUGGAAUGGGAGAGCAAAGGAGAGAAUUGCAGUGCCAAGACAGUAUGCAGAAAGUUGUUUCCAAAUCACUUUGUGAACAUCUACCCAAGCCUGCAACAUCUUCCCCUUGUAGCAUUAAAGAAUGUCCUUUAUUCAAGUGGGUGCCGGCAGCAUGGUCAGAGUGUUCCAAGACAUGUGGUUUUGGUCGUAAACACCGGUCAGUGACCUGUGUGGAUAUGAACUCCACCAGAGUGUCAUCCCACCUGUGUGAUAAUGAAGGCAAGCCAAAAGUGAUGAGGAGAUGCAAUGAGUUCCCUUGUCCAUACAUGUGGAACACUGGACCUUGGAGUGAGUGCUCUUCUACUUGUGGUGAGGGGAAACAACUAAGGACAGUGGUGUGUCAAGCAGUCACAAAGGAAGGCUGGAUCUUACCUGGAGAGGUUCUUUAUGGAUGCAGACCUGAAGAAAAACCUAGUACUGCUCGAUAUUGCAGCUAUGGUGACUGUAAUGCUAAAAGUCACUGGACAGUUGGGUCAUGGUCUAAAUGUUCUGCCGAUUGUGGAAAUGGUAAACAAUUUAGACAGGUUACAUGUGUUGAUAAAGACAGACAUAAAACUCAGCGGAAUAACUGUCUACCCCUUUUUAAGCCUGUGAGAACUCGGCCUUGUAAUAAUGGACAUUGUUAUGCUACUUCAUGUAGGGAAUUCAAAAAACUUACAACCAUUCGUAAAGAUGGAGACUACCAAUUAAAAAUAGGAGAUCAGCUAAUCAAGAUAUAUUGUAAGGACAUGCAGAAGAAGCACCCUAAAGAGUAUAUUUCUUUAAAGCAAGGUCCAGGAGAGAAUUACUCAGAGAUGUUUGACAAGAAGCUGAAAACUCCCAACACUUGCCCUUUUAAUGGCCUCCGUCCAGAUGUAGAUUGCCCAGAAUGCCUUAAAAAGCCUUAUGAACAGAGUGGAAAUACAUCUUUUUCCAAAAUCAGAAUUGACCUAUCUACACUUACAAUCAUACCUACAGAUGCUGAGUUCAGUAGUACUCACAUGGGAAGUUUUGUACCAUUUGCAACAGCUGGAGAUUGUUACAGUUCUAGCAAUUGUCCCCAGGGCAGGUUCAGCAUUAACUUAGUAGAUACUGGGUUUAUUGUGUCAGUUAAUACUACAUGGAAUCUUCAAGGUAACAGAGCAUCCCAAAGGAUAUGGAGGUUACGAGACGGACAAAUAAUUAGGGGUGUGUGUGGAGGCUAUUGUGGAAAAUGUUCAACUGAUUUAAGCAUUGGACUGAAACUAGAAGUUUUAAAAUGAGUUUCAGCUUGUUUAUCUUUUGUCAAAAGAUUCAUCAAUAGUGAGAGAAAUAUUCUCUGUGAUGAGCUGACCGAGCAAAUAUACAACUUCAGUAUGAGGAUAACUGUAUACUGAUGAAAAAUCAGGUGCUUCUUCUCAAAUGGCUGGUGCUACGCAGAUCUCAGGUACCCUAAAAGGCCAAAAAUAUAUAUUCUCUCCAAGGAAAGGCUGUUCAAACUAAAGGCAUUUAAAAGAAUUUUUUCUGUCCUUGAAAGAAGAUGGAAACCAGGCCUAUAGAUUUUAUCUAGUUUGUGAAAUAAGACUAUUGAAACUGUAGGCUUGUAGUUUUCUCCUAAAGUAUCUCAUGUAAAUAUGUGGCUGCUAUUUUUUUAUUCACUCAAAAGUUUAACUAAUUUGAGAAAAAAACAAAAUUUUGCUUACAUUAUGAAAAAUAUUGAUAAACAUAAUACUGAACAUUUUAUUAUGCUUCUGUCAAUGGACCUUUUUAUAAAUGUAUGUUUAUAAAUCAUUUUAACCAAAUUUUUGUGGGGUUUGUAGGUCAAUAUUUUUAAUCUGUGAAAAAUACUGUGCAUAACCCCUUGUCAGCUUGAAAGUUUUUUUCUUAAUGUAAACUGUUUAAAUUUCUGAGUUUUAUUAGGAAUUUAUGGUGUGUACAUUUUGUAUCAUCUUUGAAAUUAUUGUCUAAUAUGCAUCAAUUGUCUAAUUUAUUUCAAUAUAUUUAUUUCUUUUACUUAUAGU